AUGGCGUCAGUGUCGAGAGUUUUACCGGCGACGAGAAGGGUUUUGUUGAUUCCGAGUACCUCUCAGUCUCGGCGUUGGCUAAGCAGUAACCAAUCUAGCUUGCUUCUGAGGUUGAUGGAGGAACCCACAUCCCGAAUCAAAACCCUACUUGCUUCUGCGGCGGAGGAAGACCCUGCUCUUUCCUGGGAAUCCCUCCUUACUUCUCUCGCAUCUUCUUCCUCUCGUGAAAAAACCCACUUGGUUCUGGAGUGGAAAUUGGAGAAGUUGGUAAGGGAGAAUGAGAGAGAUAAUGCUCGCUACUCGGAGCUGAUAUCUCUGUGUGGAAUAGUGAGGAACCUCCCACUUGCAAUGCAGGUCUUUUCUUCUAUGGAGGCUAAUGGAGUUAGACCCAUUUGUGCAGUUUUCAAUUCCCUCAUACGUGUUUGCUUCUCUUCUGGGAACUUGUUCACAGCUAUCAGCCUGUUUGAGAUUAUGGAGAGCUCAGAGGGGUUCAAACCCAACUCCGACACAUAUGAUGCUUUCAUUUCUGGUUUCUUGAAGUUGGGGAGAACGGAGAAGAUGCAAGCUUGGUACUUUGCCAAGAAAGCUGCUGGCUUGGAAUCUGAUAUUGAAACCUAUCAGUCUUUGAUUUCGAGUUGUGUCAAGUUGAGGAAUUAUGAGCUUGCUGAUACGUUUUACAGAGACAUGGUGUCAUCAGGAAUCAUGCCUAAUUUGCCCAUAUUAGAGUGUAUGCUUGAAGGGCAUUGUAAGAGGAGAAGCUGUGCAGAUGUCAAAGAUUUAUUGGUAAUGGUGUGUGGUUAUGGGUGGAAGGUUAGUGAAAAAAUGGCUGAGAUGGUUGUGGGGUUGCACAUUGAACUUGGGAAGGUGAAACCAUUGGAGGAGCUACUCGAGAUUUUAAGGGAAACAGAUCAGAGUUUGGAGGUUUUGUCGUCGAUACACUGUGGGAUUAUAAGGAUGUGUGCCAUGAUGGAUAGAUUGGAUGAUGUAGAGUACUCUGUGGGAAGAAUGUUGAAACAAGGAUUGUCAUUUAAACACAAGGAUGAUUUAGAGAAGGUGAUAUGCUCGUAUUUCAGGCUCUUGGAGUACGAUAGGCUGGAGUUGUUCUUGGAAUGCAUCAAGGGUUCUUAUGAACUUACAGAUUCAACUCAUGAUUUGCUGGUUGCUGGGUAUCGAAGAGCUGGGUUAUCCGACAAGCUGGAUGAUCUGAAACUUGGUCGUGGAUCAAAGCAUCCCAUACAUUACAAGAAAAUAAGUGCUUGA